UUCAUCAAACUUGGAUAAAAGAUGUUUCCCUUUUAUUUUUUACCUGCAAAUUAUGAUGACGAAGCGAACUUUGAUUAUCAAGCCAAAUUCGGAGGAGCCUACUUACUUACUUCCUGGAGGAGAGUAGCACAAAAAUCAUCAUGAGCUUUCAUGCGAUCACGACCUUGUAGUUGUAAGUGACACUAGUACAACUUCUUCCAGGGAAGAAGUAGCGUUUUAUUGUUCCUCUCACAGCUUCUACCUUCUCUUCUGACGCCAUUUUUCACUACAAUACUCAGUGUACCUUAUAUUGCAGUUAUGCGCGGUGCAGACGCCGUUUGGUCCUCUCCCUCGUCGCACAGCAGCAGCGGGGGAAGUGAGAAAAUUGCGCGAGGAGGACAAAAAACUGCUGGAGCCACACUCUUUCCACUUCUCAGGAGGUCCUCGAACUUUCAUUUUCACUACACAGCGGCGUGGUGUGUCUGUGUGGUCCUCGCCGGACACGAACUGUUCGCGAACCUCGCAGGGAACAACAAUUUUUUGCACAACUACGACCAGGAGGAAUGUCCCCAUUCUUCCGGGGCGGCGGGGUUCAUACAACUUCUCGGCGUCCGGGGGAUGCAGGUGGAAAAAUCUUUCCCCCACUUGAAGAGAAGGAACUAUCAAAUGCAAAAAUGUCUGGGUCUGGAAGAGUGCAAGGUUUGUGAUGCAGUUUUUCCAUGACCCAUGAGGCCUGGAAUGCAGCACUUAGCAUGAGAAACGCUGUGAGGUGUCUAUCAUGCCUAUCCUGCAUGAGAAACUCCCUCCAAACUGGUCAAGAGUGGACAUCUUUUGGCACUCAUGCAACACAGAUUUCUGCAUGAUUCAGAUUUAGCAUGACAAGUUGCAAUCUUCCAGACCCAGACACUUUUACAAUCCAUAGGAACAUGGCUGGCACCACGUUUGAGGAGUACUACACCAGUGUGACAGAAUAUCGCAAGAUGAAAAAACUGCUUCACUGUGAACUUGUGAUGCAUGGAACGAUGGAGUAAAAACAGAAGUAUUCUGUCUUGCUGUUCAUCUACACAUGCAAGACAUUUUUGGAUUUUCAACCGAGCCGUGUUGAAAAAUUAAAAUACCCUUUAGGAAGUGGAACGCACGGCAUCAAGUUUUCUUUGUGGUCCGGUGUGAAGAUGAUACAAAAGACGUUCAAACAAUAAAUCGUUUACUAUCGUGAAGCGCUACUUUUUUCGUACGAUACAAGCCAGCCCUCGGGCCCGACGCAGACCCUGCCGAAGCAGGUCAAAAAGCCCCGGCGAAGGAUGCCGCCCGAGCCUCUGUUUCCAGCGGAGCCCCCUCCCAAGCCGGCAACCGCCGAAAUGGAAACGCAAACGGACCCACAGGACAUGGGCCUGAUCUACGACCCAGAAACCGACCAGUAUUUGACCCCGGAGCAGCUGCGUGGCCGUGAAGAAGCCCUACAUAUGCAAGGAGAGGCAGCGAUGACGCCCGCGUUAGCAAACUUCAAUUUCACCGCAGGUCGUUGAUGUUCUUGUGGCUAUAGGGGAGAGAUGUUCUUGUGAGCUCAGGGUGGACCUCCACCACGGCGACACCGUUGCAUGGAAAAAAGCUGACUUGCAUUUAUUGUGCAGAUGUACCUCUACCUCCGCAUUUACCAUAACUUUUGAACAGGGGAGGGUCCUAAACAAUUGGAGACUGUUGAAAGCAAUAGGUUCGACGACGACGUCUUCAUCGAUACGACCACUGUAUUGAUAUUCGAUGGGGAGCAGGAGGCUACUCCUGGCAUAAAGAAAUCAUAUCCAGGAAAUAUAGAAAAUUUCACGGCUAACGCCCGAGCAUCAUGGUUGCAUUGCAUACAACGCCUGGCGGGUUUGGACCCCAACAGUUUUGUCGACCCGAAUCUAUUGCUUGACCCGAGUCUAGUACAGCCACAAUUUGACCAGUUUGGGAAUCCGAUUUUUCCCCCGCCGCCAGGACCAGAACCGAUUGUCAGCCCUAUACCGGGACAAAACGAAUAUGGGCAUUCCGGGCUCGAGCGGCACGACGACGAGGACGCUCUUAAUGGAGGUGGUCCACAACCACGACCGGUGCUAUCACACGUAAAAACGCCCCCUCGAAGAGGACCCUUCCCCAGAGUAGUUGCCAUGUAAUUAAUCCCGCAUCUGCAGGAGCGGAGACUAGUAGGUGCGUCGUCUGAUGCACCUGCUUUUUCGCAACUACGGGACGAGAGACGUUUAAGUGUUUCUAGGAACAAUUGCGUUUCUUGUUGGGAAGAUGAAAAUGUCCUGAGCGUCAACUUUUCACAGAGAUGCUUUCAGCAAGCAGGAUCAUGAUCAUAAGAGACUUUUAUUCUCAUUGCUGCGGGGGCAAAAACUGCAAGUAACUUGGAUCCUUAAUCCCCGCCAUUAUGCUGUAGCACACACUGAAUAGACUUGUCAUGAUGCAUGUUGACGUCCCCCAAAAAGAAACUUCGGCGUUUUUCUCUCGCGGAAGACGUUGUAUAAUUUCGUAACUGGGGAGCAAGAAGGGGAGGUUUUUACAAAGGAUACCAGGACCCGAAUGACCCGAAUGAUCCUCUCCGACUCCGACCGCAACCACCGCCGCGGCAGCCUCCCGGCGAAGCCACGGUGACUUUAUUCAAAUCACACUUCGUGUAUCCCACCGAAAAUUGGUGCAUUUAGCGUACGUAGUACUUUAGUUGUCAACAAAUUUGUUCUUGCAUGUAAACAUGCGAAAAUGUAUUUCCGCAGAGACUACAGAAAUCUUGACGUUGUGUCGCCCGUAAUCAUUCAAAGCAGAUGAUCAUACAUGAUACAACUUGGUACAACAAUGCUAGAAGCUGCAAUUUUCUAGUCGACAUCGCGCAUGAUGGAAGGAUCGAGCCACUGGCGGUGCGGGGCGGCUCCCCCUUUGGCGGGUUUCGCGGCAAGGGCGGAGGGAAGGGCAGCGGGGGGGCGCGACGGCAGACGCGAGCAGCGCCGAUCGGCGGACGAGGUCCGGGGGCAGGGAGGGGCGGAGCGCCACGUGGUUUGUCGUGAGGUGGGUCGUAAGGCCUGUUGCAAAAUGAAAUUAGUUUUCAAAAGGGAAAUAAAGAUGCUGUGAAGCUCAGGAUCACCGAUCUGUGAUCUAUGGAUGUCGCGAUAAGGCCGAUUCGACGGCCUUCUCACAGGGACUGAGUAACUCCUCUGGCUUUGAUAAUUCUAUCGUUUGCUCGCAUCAAGAACUGCAACACUUGUUUAGAAUUUGAAUUUCAUCUAUUUUCCGCAAGAAUUUCUAUAGCCUCACUAUUUUUAUUUGACAGUACAUUUCAUAAUCUUAAUCUUACCUAUUCCGACCAUAAUACAUGAAGAGCAUUAUUAUACGCAACAAUGAAAAAAACACCGACUCGGAGGAAUACUAGAGGAUGUCGCAACAUUCGCCGACUGCGACACAAGAAUACGCGUCGCAUGAUCAGCUUGUGCAAACGUGAAGUAGAUCAUUGCCGUGCAGAAGUCCUUUUCAACCUUUAUCCAUUUCAAUAUCUUUCUUCCGAUUAUUCUCUCGUACCAGUAUUUAUUUUGUGUACACUACAGCUUUCGACGGUUUAAUAUCUUAUCUACCAGUUUGUUUAUUCUCAGUUUGCUUCUUAACCACUGUACCGUAAAAUAUCGAAAUUAGCAGAAUAUUGUCCUCUGAAGAUGAGGUUUGUUCGCGAGGAAGAAGGUGAGCAAAGAACGUGAGCAACCUGAUCUUCCAUUUUUGGUCUCUUCUUUCUCGAAAAGCCCCCGCGGUUGGAAGUUGCCGCCGGUGCUGCUGCUACUGCUGCGACCGCUUUUCAUCAAGGGAGAUAAUCCCACUUGAUACUGUGCACCCGCUGUUUUACGACCAUCGUAAUAUUAGAAGCUUUUG